AUGCCACGCGCCAGAAAACGUUUCGACGAAAGUCCGGUCAAAGACUCGGAUAAUGAAUCCUCGUCAUCAGAAGUGGGAUUACCUCCGCCUCCAGCCGAUGAUGCAAAUCUUUUGUCAAUUUUGGAGAUGCAAAAUCGUAAUUUCGCUGAGCUAAUAAAACAAGUGCAGUGCUCUCAAAAUGAACCAAAAGAUGCCAAAAACAUUGUUCUGCCAAAGUUCAACCCUGAUCGUGCAGGAUCAGACGCUCUCUCCUGGUGUUCAACGGUCGACUACAUCUUGUCCGAAAACCAGCUAGUGGGCAGCGCUCUUGUAAUGUCCCUCAGCAAAUCACUGGAAGGCACCGCAUCUCACUGGCUCUCGCAGACAUGUUUUCCCGGCAUUACGUGGACGCAGUUCCGAUAA